UGGAUUCGCUAUCCCAGUUCUGCGGUUCCCUUUCUGCUGAUUCCCGGGGCCUCCGAGGCUGAAGGCUGGCAACGGGCUGAUCCACCCCGGGGCAGGGAGUGGGGGUGGGGCGCGGAGUGGGGCGGAGGGUACCCGAACUCGUGGAAAAGUCCGCGGGCGGCCGGAGGGCUGGACUCGGAGUCAGGGCCCUUGCGUCCCGGAGCGCAGGGACCGCGGGGGCCGGGUUAAACACUGUACCCCGGGGAACAUGACCGUGAAGGCUAAUUAGGACAAGUCGGAACAGGGAACGGGGACGCGGGGAGGGGAGCGCGCGCUCAGAGUUGGACCGUGUCUGGGGCGGUCGCGGGAAAUCCAGGCGCAGGGGAGUCGGGCCCAGGGCGACGUUUGCUCACGGUUCCGAGGGGUUCCGGGCCCGGCCCACGGCGGUAGGGGCGCUCGCGGUGUCCCCCCGUCCAUGCAUGUUUGGUGACCCAGGUGCCGGGAAAAGGCCGCGCGUGUUAGGGGCGGACAGUCGGCGUGUGGUGUGUCCACGUGUGCAAGCUCGGGGAGGGGAGGGGGCUCAGAAGGCGUGACAAAGACGGACUUUGUGUCUUGAGUGUGCGCCUCGCUCUAGCCCAGAGCAGCGAACUGUGCCCGGCGUGUGUCCCUCACGGGAGAGCCAGGACGAAGGUGACGAAGGCUCGGUGAGACGCACCAAGGUGGCCCCCGCGCGUGUUCGUGUGUGCGCGCUGGGACAUGCGGGGCGGGAGAGCCUGCCCCCCAAACCGCUUUCCGGAGGGAAAGCCAAAUCCUGAAAGUGAGUGCGCGUGAGUGCGCGCGCCCGCGUGCGGGGGCGUGGCAGUAAACAGCAACAACACUCCGGCUCCCAGCUCCGCCAGAAACUCCGAGCUCCCUCCCCGGCCGGAAAGUGCGCCUCGCCGGAGCCUGGAGGGACCCAGCCGGAGCCUGGCCUGGGAGCCAGCAUGGCCAUCCCCAAAGCCUUGCUGACGUGCCUGGGGCUGCCUGUCUUCCUAAUCGCAGGCGCCCAGGCCCAGAACCACGUGCCACCUGGCUGCAGCCCGGACCUCAACCCCCUGUACUACAACCUGUGUGACCGUUCCGGGGCCUGGGGCAUCAUUUUGGAGGCAGUGGCUGGGGCGGGAGUUGUCACUACGUUUGUCCUCACCAUCAUCCUUGUGGCCAGCCUCCCCUUUGUGCAGGACACCAAGAAGCGGAGCCUCCUGGGGACCCAGGUCUUCUUCCUGCUGGGGACCCUGGGCCUCUUCUGCCUCGUCUUUGCCUGCGUGGUGAAGCCUGACUUCUCCACCUGUGCCUCUCGGCGCUUCCUCUUUGGAGUCCUGUUCGCCGUCUGCUUCUCCUGCCUGGUGGCGCAUGUCUUUGCCCUCAACUUUCUGGCACGGAAGAACCACGGGCCGCGGGGCUGGGUGAUCUUCACCGUGGCGCUGCUGCUGACCCUCGUGGAGGUGAUCAUCAACACCGAGUGGCUGAUCAUCACGCUGGUCCGCGGCGGCGGCGAGGGCGGCCCUCCGGGCAAUGGCAGUGCCCCCUGGGCCUCGGCCUCCCCCUGCGCCAUUGCCAACAUGGACUUCGUCAUGGCGCUCAUCUACGUCAUGCUUCUGCUGCUGUGUGCCUUCACGGGGGCCUGGCCUGCCCUGUGUGGCCACUUCAAGCGCUGGCGGAAGCACGGGGUCUUCGUGCUGCUCACCACGGCCACCUCCAUUGCCAUAUGGGUGGUGUGGAUCGUCAUGUACACGUACGGCAACAAGCAGCACAACAACCCCACCUGGGAUGACCCCACGCUGGCCAUCGCCCUCGCCGCCAACGCCUGGGCCUUUGUCCUCUUCUACGUCAUCCCGGAGGUCUCCCAGGUGACCAAGGCCAGCCCAGAGCAGAGCUACCAGGGGGACAUGUACCCCACCCGUGGCGUCGGCUACGAGACCAUCCUGAAAGAGCAGAAGGGCCAGAGCAUGUUUGUGGAGAACAAGGCAUUUUCCAUGGACGAGCCAGCCUCAGCUAAGAGACCGGUGUCACCAUAUAGUGGGUACAACGGGCAGCUGCUGACCAGUGUGUACCAGCCCACCGAGAUGGCCCUGAUGCACAAAGGCCCGUCCGAAGGAGCUUACGACGUCAUCCUCCCACGAGCCACCGCCAACAGCCAGGUGAUGGGCAGUGCCAACUCCACCCUGAGGGCCGAAGACAUGUAUGCGGCCCAGAGCCACCGGGCCGCCACACCUCCGAGAGACAGCAAGAACUCCCAGGCUCAGUCCCCGCAAAAUAAAACGAGAUGGUAGAAGCCCUCUUCCCUGAACCACACGUCCGUCCUGAUGUCCUCAUACCUCUGUCUGGGCUGGGCAGGGCCCAGCACCUUUCCCGCCCUUGUCAUUGGAGCUGGGAGGGACCGGAGGCCACCAGCCAGAAGCAGAGGACUGAGUGGGGGGCCCGUGAAGCCCUGAGGUGCGUGGCUGGGGCCCUGGGGCCAUUCCCUUUGCCUCUCCUGACCCCCACGUGACUGAGGCCACAAGGAUCUACAGAACUGCCCAGCCUGCCUCUGUCCCCCCUCGACACCCUUCCCCUAGUCACAGCCCGUGUGUCCCAUGCUGUGGUUCUCCAGAUGGCCAUCCUCAGAUGCCCUGUCUUCACACCACGGGCCUUCCUGGCUGUCUUGGUGUCCAGCAUCAGCUUGUCCUGCCUGCGCCUGGGUGUUUGGAGCCAAGCCCUGGCGGAAGUGGGCUUUCUCAUCAGGGCUUCCUGCCACCACCUGGACCGUGGAAGGCCCCCGAGCUGGGACAGAGCUCGGCCCGAGGCCUGAGCAGACACCGCUCCUCUUCGUGGCCUGUGGGUGCUGGAUCUGAGCCCCUUUGGUGCUUCCCUCUCGUGCCCCCUUACACCGUGGCCCCAUGCCUUCCCCACCUGCAGUGAACUGGGGCCCAUCGAGACACAAGGUGGGGGUUGGGGCUGCAUCCUCAGGGGCCAGCUGAGAGUCCUGGAUCACAUGGGCUGGGGUCUCAGCUGCUCACAGAACUGGGACUCAUGCCAUGUCCUGCUGGGCAGAUGUACAGAUUUCUGCCUCACCUUGGGCACCCCAAACGUGCUGGCACUGUUCUCUCCCACGACAUGCUCCAGAGGGUCCUGACGGCCACCCCGGGAAGUGGGGGGCAUCCUUUAGGACCUGAUGAUGGUGGAGCAAGGGCGGAGAUGUGCAUAGCUCCAGACUCACAGGAACGAGAUCUCUGUAGCAUCGUCUCCUGGUUUUGUCCUGCGCUCGGCUACCAGGCAGAGCUGGCUGGCCCAAGGGGGCCUCCCAGGCGUGCCCCUGGAGCUCUGUGCUCAGCGCAGAGUCACCUCUGGGUGCCCAGGGUGGGGGGGAGAGAACAAGAGCAGGGCCCGACCUCACCCUGUGGUCAGCCCACAGCUCUCCAGCACCAUGAGACCUCCCGGCCCGGAUUCAAAGGCUGGCGCAGAACUGGGGGGACGCAAAGACGCAAAGACGCUCAGCCCACAGCUCUCCAGCACCACCCUCCUGCCCCCAGCAGCCUGUGUCUUUGUUACUGGAAUAUUUCUCAGGCCCUACAGAGAGAGUAGGGCCAUGCAACUGCCUGUGACAGCCCCCUACCCCCCAUCGCCACCAUUGACCGAUCAUGUGCUGGGUUGCUUAGCUCCACAAACAGAGUAUUACUUCUCUCUGAUGGAGGGAAGAGGGAGCUCUCUGCACCUCAGACUUUUCUUGAUCUAGGUUAGUGGUCCCAAGAUCCCUUACAGUGAAUAAAGGCCCUGUCUUGCUUUUCGAA